AUGGCCGGCGACAACGAUACACCCACGGCGAGGAAGGUCCACGAUGACUUUGAGGAGAACAUGCGCGAAGUUGUUAAACAUUUCGUUGACACUGAAGGCGAACAUGAGCGAUGGGACAUAGACCAAGUCGAAUCAAAACUCCGUCUAGAGUCCGCAAGCCGCGGCCCUCCAGCACGAGCUACAUUCAGGCUCUACAUCACGCCCAAAAUGGCCAAUUUCCACAACAGCAUACAUGGCGGUUGCACUGCAACCGUGAUUGAUAUCUUGUCCUCAAUGCUGGUGAUAGGUGCUUCGCAACCGGGCAUGUUUCAGGUUGGAGGAGUCAGUCGCAAUUUGAACGUUACCUACCUGCGACCUAUGCGAGUGGGCAGCGAAGUACGCGUCAUUUGUGAGCUGGUGCAGAUGGGGAAGAGGUUGGCAUUGGUAAAAACUGAAAUUCGCAGCGUUGAUAAUGAUGAGCUCUGCGCUCUGGGGGAUCAUCAAAAAGCUAAUACGGAUUCAAAGCCGUUUGGGAAAAUUUGA